GCGCAUUAUGUCAACGGUUGAUUCACGCGGGUUGUCGGUGGAGGUCAGUGUCCGGUUCCGGUGAGUGUCGGUGAGGCCUGAAAGCUCCGGUAACAUGAAGCCGUUGAACCGUUGAAGCGUUUAACGGGAGCUCCGUAGUGCUAACGGUUAGUUAGCGGUUAGCAGCGGUUAGCAGCGGUUAGCAGCAGCACUCCGUCUGCUGUACGUAAGUUUAGCUCUGAAGUUAGCCGGGAAGCUAAAGCUAACUGCCUGUUGUGGUUGUGAAGCCAACGUUAGCUUCAACGGUCACCGUCCAGAGCUGUGACACCACAGAAGAAGAGGAGGAAGAUGGUGUCAGGUAGCGGGGCAGGUAGCGGGGCAGGUAGCGGGGCAGGUAGCGGGGAGAGACUGUCUCUGGAGGACUGCCGCUGUCCGGUCUGUCUGGAGAUCUUCAUGGAGCCGGUUACACUGCCCUGUACACACACCUUCUGUAAGGGCUGCUUCCUGGAGUCGGUGGAUAAAGCCACGCUGUGCUGUCCGCUCUGCAGGAAGAGGGUCUCUACGUGGGCCCGACUGCACAGCAGGAACAACACUCUGGUUAACCAGACCCUGUGGACCCAGAUCCAGACCUCCUUCCCUCUGCAGUGCCAGCGCCGCCUCAGCGGGCAGGACGCCAUCUCUGAUGACGACCCCGGAGUCUCUGUGUGUGUUCCCAGAGUCAGUCAGCCUGGAGAACUGAGACAGGAAUAUGAGGACCAGGUCACCAAACUGACGGAGGCGAAGCGGGUUCUGGAUGAGGAAGAGAGGAGGGCCAGUGAGGAAUACAUCCAGACACUGCUGCAGGAGGAGGAGCAGCUGCAGCAAGAGGAGAGGAGGAGGAGAGAGGAAGAUGAGAGGCUGGCCAGAAUGCUCAGCAACCAACUGAACUCUGAGGAGAAGGUGCCUCCUGUCGAAGUGACUCCAAUGAAGAAAAAGAAGGAAGUCAGUGGAGGGCUGAUUGAGAGGUUCUUGUGUCCUCAUCCAUCUAAAAGUAAUUCUUCAGACUGCAGCUCCGCCUCAAGCUUUAUGGCCAACAAGGAGAACAUCCUAGUAUCCCAGCGUCCUCCUCCUGAACUGGACUAUUAUGGCGACUCUCCAGACCUCCAUCCAGUCUCUGAGGGUGCCCAGCUGGACCCCAGGACUCAGCUGAGUGGGGACAGAGGACCUUCAUCGUCCAAGAGGAAAAGCUCGGAGCUCGAGGAGGAUGAGGAGGUGUCCAAACGAAUCUGUCGCUCCCUGCCCUCCUCGUCCUCCUCUUCCUCCUCCUCUGGGCCAGGGUUGGGGGCGUCGGACCUGCAGGCAGUCUCUGAGUGGGAGAUGGAGCUGCAGAGCAGACAGCAGCAGGAGGAGGAGGACCGCAGACUGGCUCUACUCCUGCAGAAGGAGCUGGACCAGGAGGAGAAGCAGAGAGCCACCGACAGACGUAAAGGAUCCUCUGAUGCCUACUUGCUCCGCCAGAACCGCCACCCCCCAAGAAAGAGCUCUUCCAGCCCCUCCUCUGCCUCGUCUGCAAAGACUGCAUCAUCCUCCUCCAGGGGAAGCAAACAGACCACUCUGACCCACAUCUUCUCCAGCCUCAGCAGCUGAACCCUCGUCAAGUCCGAAUGCCUUCACUUCCUCACUGCCCCUUUCUCCUCCUUCUGCUUCAGUCCCAGUGUCCCUCUACCAACAGAGUCUGAGUGCCUUGACCAUCUGUCUGUUCUCUCUCUCUCUCUCUCUCUCUCUCUCUCUCUUCGCUGUAAUCACUGUGGAGACACUACAUGGCCAGAAAGAAGUGGACAGCUGAACAUUGCCACCUCCUGUCAGAAAGGGAACCUGGACUCAUCAGAUCUGAACACUAACUGGGCCGUCCACAGACAUUUGGCCAGAUGUUGAGAAACUGAACCAAACUUCAUUUAUUUUUCAUUUAAUUUUACACUUUAUUAGUUUGAAGAAGUUUAGAGUCAGAAAUAUUUAGUUUUUAGUUCUUCUGAAGGUAUAUAUUGAUAUAUUGGUAUAUUGAUCACCACCCAGCCAGAGUUCAAUGUAUCAGUAACCAGAGAGGACUGAACAUGUUAACGUGUUACCAUGACAACUGCACACAUUGAACACGUUAAUGCUGCGUUCAGGUUUUCUUGUUUCAGCCUCCAGACGGAGUUAAUAUGAUCAAUAUGAUCAAUAUAUCAGCUUGAAUGUUGAUGUGAGACGUUUCUGCUUUAAUUCAGAAUCAGGUUUUCUUCAGUUUCACAGUAAUCAGUGAUAUCAUCAUACAACAGUGGUAACUAACAGUUAACUGAGCUGACUGUUAAUGGACACUAUCACUGUGUACUGACUGACUAACUGUUCCCAGAGAAUAAACUGUAUAUCUGUGAUUUACAGCCUGCAGGGGGCACUGCUGUGACUGCACUCUCAUACAAUGAGAAAUAAAGAGUUUUUUUAUUGUCUGA